AUGGAUGUGGAACAUGAAAACGGAAAAGCCCUUGUUCGAGGAAGAAUUUUCACGCUGCUUUGUGUUAUUAACUUGAAUAUUGCAACAUUCAUGCAGAACCUAACAAAUAAUCAUUCAUUAGGCAAAUUUCACACGUGUAUCAAGUUUUGGUGGAUGAAACAAUUCAAGAAGCAACAUUCCUUCCUUCCCAAAUAUUCACAACUUUUAUUAGGAAAUGAAUUUGCAAAGAUCGCUUUUAGAUUCACAUUUGUCUUACCAGCAUUUUCUAUUUUCCACUCAACAACAUCUUGCAUUGAAUGUUAA